AUGCACACCACUGAUCUUUAUAUGCACUGUGCAGUUUGCAGGCAAUCAAUACGCAGUGAAACACAGCUCGUGCUCCAUUGCCAGUUCCAUAUGCACAGACGAUCGGACACCGAGGACGGCGAGCAGACGUGCGGCAUUUGUGGGAAGGUACUAGUGAAUCAAUUUCAACUGAACGUCCAUUUGAUGGAACACGAUAAUCGUCGCUGUUGUCCCCACUGCUUGCGGCCAUUCGCCUUGGCUCAACAUCUACUCAGUCACGUAGCCGAGGAACACAAUGAGGUGGGCACGACUUUGUGGUUGAGUGGCCAAUUA